AUGGCUAAUAACAAAAACCAAGUACAAAAGAACAAGAAAGAUGACUGGCAUACAAGUGAUAGAAGUGUGCACUCUUUAUCAAGUGAUAAUGGUAACUAUUCACCAACAUCGGAUGAACCAAGACCUUUAGAGCCUGUUAAAUCAAUCUUGUCAGCUAGAAAUGAUACUGAUGAACCAAAUAACCAUGAUUAUCAAGAGAAAGAGUUCAAUGAACAAUUAAAACCAAUGGCAACACAACAAUCAUUAAGUAAAAAACUAGGUGACUCUCAUGAUAAAUUGCUUUCACCAAAAGAAUUGAAAAUCAUUUUACUAGCAAUGUCAUUGUCGUUAAUGGUUUCAUUUAUUGAUCAGAAUGGUAUUGCUAUCGUUCUUCCAUAUAUUGCAGAUGAACUAAACGCACAAUUAACUAUAAGUUGGGCUGGUACCUCACAACUGAUUGCAAAUUGUUGUUUCCAAUUAUUAUAUGGUCGUCUUGCUGAUAUCUUUGGGAGAAAGUAUGUCCUUUUAACAUGUAUCUUGCUGCUAGGGUUUUUUGAUCUAGCUUGUGGAUUAGCUAAAACUGAUGCUCAAUUCUUUGUCUUUAGAGCACUAACUGGUGUUGCUAAUGGUGGUGUUACCUCUCUAGCCAUGGUUAUUAUGAGUGAUCAUGUUACUUUAAAAGAGCGUGGUAAAUAUCAAGGUUAUUUAACUUCAUUCAUAGGUAUUGGUAAUGCUGUUGGUCCAUUUUUAGCUUCUGCUUUCACCACCUAUAGUAAUUGGAGAAACUAUUAUUAUACUUUAUUUGCUAUUGUCACUGCUAGUUCUGGUAUUAUAUGGUGGUUUUUACCAAAUUCUCACUCACCAAUUAGUAUUAAAGAGAAAUUAUUAAAUAUUGAUUAUUUUGGCUUCUUAUUUAGUUCUGUUGGGUUGAUCUUAGUAUUGAUUCCAAUUAAUGGUGGUGGGCUAACCUUUGCAUGGGGAUCACCAAAAGUUAUUGUCAUGUUUGCUGUCGGUGGAUUAUCAUUAGUUGCAUUCUUGUUUAUUGAAUGGAAAGUUGCCAAGUUACCAAUGGUUCCAUUUAGAUUGUUCAAAUCCAUGUCCUUGGUUAUUGUCUUUACCCAAUGUUUCUUCUUUGGUAUGUGCUAUUAUCCAUUGUUUUAUUAUUACACAUAUUAUUUUGAAGUUGUUAAGGAUCUAAAACCAAUCAUCACUGCUUGCUUCUUCCUUUGUGUUGUCAUUCCACAUGCUGUUAUGUCUGCAGUAUCUGGUAAAAUCGUUUCCAAAACAGGGCAUUAUAAUCCAGUUAUUUGGGCAGGUUAUACAUUCUGGGUUUUAGGAUUUAGUCUUUUAGCAGGUGUUGUUCAAGUUAGUACUCCUUAUUAUGGUAUUGCAUUAAUCAUGGUUUUGAAUGGGUUAGGACAAGGUAUGACUUUCCAAAACACUUUAAUUGCAGCUUUGGCACAUUCAAAACAACAAGACCGUGCAGUUGUUAUAUCAACUAGAAAUGUCUUAAGAUCAUUUGGUGGUUCAUUUGGUAUGGCUUUCAGUUCAAUGAUCUUUGCUACAUCAUUCACCAAGGAUUUGAAAACAAAUUCAUUCAUUAAUCAAUCAUCAAACGGAUACUUGAAGAAAUAUUUACAAGAGCAUGUUUAUUCAAAAGUUGAUUUCACUCAAAUUAGUGUUGAUGCUCAACAACAUCUAUAUGUUCAAGAAUUAUACAUGAAGUGUACAAAGAAUGUUUUCACAUUUUGGGCACCAUUGAUUGGUGCAUGUUAUGUUGGUUCUUGGUUCAUUAGAGAUCGUGGUGUUGCUUCAAAGAGUGAUCAAGAUAGAUUAGCAAAAGCUGAGAAGGAAGCUCAAUCUCCUGAACAAAAAGUAUAA